AAGUGCAGUCGUCGCGGCCGUUUAUAAAAGCGCGUCGCAUCAGGUGCUAUCGCCGCAUUCGGCAAACAAGACUCCCGCCACCGGCAAACUUGUUGCCCUCCGCCGCUCAGUUGUGUUUCGCCCGGCACCCGUCGCACGUCGCCACCGCCGCUUAAUUAUUUCUUUUUUUUUUUCAUUUUUCGCCCGACGUUUGUUAUCCUUGCUAGCAGCGCAGCCGCUCCCCCCCCCCUUACCCACUCUUCCUCAACCCCCCACCCCCACUACCAUCUCAGUUCUUUUCUCUUGGAGCGUUUAGUAUUUCCGUGAUUCGCUUCCCGCCUCAGGAAAGCCCGGGAUCUUUAUCGUACGACACACUGUGUUGUGCGGGUCGUUCGUCCGGCCCUCUCUAGAUUUUUUUCUUGCUUUUAUUUUCACUAUCGCGUCAAAGAAACGACACGGACUAAGCUGUACCGGCGUGUAGCCAACAGUCGCCCGGGUCCCAGAGUGUCGCGUCAGGCCUUUUUUCAUCUUCUGCUUCUUCUGCUCCCCGGUGUCGUCUGCUAUCCCGGUCACUGAGAGCUGCGUCUGCCGCUCCAUCUGCGCCCGACAACAAGACCCCGGAGUUGACCGCUCCAAACCCGGGUAUAUCCGGCCUCCGUAGAUGUUGUGUCGGACUGUGCACCGUCCGGAUGUUGUCGCAUUGCGCGAUCGGUAGUGACCGGACGCACUAAGUGGCCCAGUGCAAGGUUGCAAAACCAGCGCCUGAACUCCACCUUCGUCUCCAAGCCACCGUAAUCUCCUCACCGGUGUUACCUCGAACGUACAGGGCGACGUCAAACACGAUGCAUCACCACCGGCACGACAACGCCAUCCCCAACUGCCACGGGACCAUAUCCGAGUGCGUCUUCUGCUGCGUCUUCCUUACGGCCUUCUCGUCGGCCGUAAUGUUGAACUCCUCCCCGACGUACAACGCUGUAGGCGGCCGCCACCACCCGGCGUCCGUCUACACGUCCUCGGCAUGCGACGACUGCGCGGCUCGCAAGCUCGCCGAACAGGCCAACAACGCCGAGUACAGGUACGCCCGCAUCGAACUGAUCAAGCAGCAGAUACUGAAGAAACUUCGACUCAAAGAACCACCCAACGUGAGGAUACCGCGGUCCGUGCUGCCGUCCGUUCUUGCCGACAAAGACCUCCUGCCGUCGCCGGCGACGCUGGCAGCAGACGACGAGAGGAACUCUCGACCCCAGGAGGACUUCUACGGCACGAUGCAGACGGCUGUCAUCUUCCCGCAAAACGAUUCUAACGAGUGCGUUUCGGGGAGUCCGCACCUGGGCAGCUGCUUCGUCUUCCACCUGAGCAACGAGCUGACGAGCCGCAGCGUUGCGCACGCCGAGCUCUGGGUCUUCAAGGACCUGGACCCGUCGUCGUCGUCGUCGGCCGUCAACCACACCUUCGUCGUGUCCGAGCUGUCCGUGUCGGACUCGCACCGCAGCAACCGACACCACCACCGCCACCAAACGAUGCUGCGCAAGCGUGUGGUCGCCUUCGAGAGCAGUUCCCCGAGGCCCGAGUGGCUGCGGUUCGACCUGACGAGCCUCGUCACGCAGUGGGCGGGACGUCGCAGCAACCGUCCCCGGGUCCUGGAGAUCAGCUGCAAGACGUGCGGCAACCUGAGGAAUGCCCUUCCGUCGGGGACGCCCGUCGGUUCGAGCGGCGACAAGCAGCCCUUUCUGGUGGUUCGCACGGACCCGAACGCACCGUCCCCGCACUCGCGGUCCAGGCGAAGCGUGGACUGUAGCUCGUCCAUAUCGCGCUGCUGUCGCGAGUCUUUCUACGUGUCCUUCAAGGAGAUCGGCUGGGACAGCUGGAUCAUCCAGCCGACCGGCUACUCGGCAAACUUCUGCCGCGGCUCGUGCAUACAUGACAUCAGCGUCAACAAGUACCACCACACCACGGUGCUCCAGAGGUUCCUGCACAGCGCGUCGGGCCUCAACGACACGCUCAAGCUGAGUCUGUGCUGCACGCCGUCGCGCCUCUCCUCCAUAUCGCUCAUCUUCAUGGACGAAGACCACGUGCUCAAGCAGAAGAGCCUGCCCAACAUGGUGGUCGAAGCGUGCGAGUGUGCGUGACCGCGUGGUGCCGCGCCGAAAUGUUUUAGGUUAAAAAGUAAAACAAAGACUCCAUUCCUUU